UCGGCUUGGCUUGGCUACGCGCAUCUCUCUCUCAUUUUUCAGGGGAGAGAAACACAGAGAGUGAAAACUAAAUUAAGUCAUUGAUCACUCUAGUUCACCGGACUACUCAGACAUCUCCGGCCACCCUCCCAUUCCUCCUCUGCCGCCGGGAGUUUCUCGCAUUUUUCUUCAUUUCUUCAGCCACGUACUUGCAGGAAUGGAGAGCUUGAGGUCUCCAUUCAAGGGAAUAAUCAACGACGUGAGAGGAAGAACUGCGUGCUAUAAGGAAGAUUGGAUAAGUGCACUUCGCUCAGGCAUCAGGAUAUUGGCUCCAACUACUUAUAUCUUCUUUGCUUCUGCCCUUCCUGUUAUUGCCUUUGGAGAGCAACUGAGUAGAGAUACAGAUGGAAGUCUGAGUACGGUGGAAACCUUGGUUUCUACUGCUAUUUGCGGAAUAAUCCACUCAAUUAUUGGAGGCCAGCCAUUGUUGAUAUUAGGAGUAGCUGAACCCACUGUUAUCAUGUAUACAUAUUUAUUCAAGUUCAGCAAAGGGCGGGCUGAAUUGGGCCAGAAAUUGUACUUGGCCUGGGCUGGUUGGGUUUGUGUUUGGACUGCACUUAUGCUUUUUCUGCUUGCAAUUUUUAAUGCCGGCAACAUCACCGCUAAAUUUACAAGAAUUGCAGAGGAGCUUUUCGGCAUGUUGAUUACAGUUCUUUUCUUUCAAGAGGCUAUCAAGGGACUUGUUACUGAAUUUAAUAUUCCCAAACAUGAGAAUUCCCAGUUAGAAAAAUAUCAAUUCCAUUGGCUGUAUACAAAUGGAUUGCUUGCAAUCAUUUUCUCAUUUGGUUUACUCGUCACUGCCCUUAAAAGUAGAAAGGCAAGGUCAUGGCGAUACGGCGCAGGGUGGCUCCGAAGUUUUAUCGCAGACUAUGGGGUUCCCCUAAUGGUCGUGUUGUGGACUCUGAUGUCUUACAGUGUACCCAACAGAGUUCCUUCUGGAGUUCCCAGGAGGCUAAAUUGUCCACUUCUUUGGGAUUCUAUAUCAGUUUACCAUUGGACUGUAAUCAAGGAUAUGGGGAAGGUUCCAGUGGUUUACAUCUUUGCUGCCGUUAUACCAGCCAUUAUGAUAGCUGGUCUGUACUUUUUCGACCACAGUGUAGCUUCAAAGAUGGCACAACAAAAGGAGUUCAAUCUCAAGAAUCCGUCAGCUUACCAUUAUGAUGUAUUGUUGCUCGGAUUCAUGACUUUAAUUUGCGGGUUGCUUGGGCUCCCUCCUUCAAAUGGUGUUCUUCCCCAAUCACCCAUGCACACUAAGAACCUUGCAGUUCUUAAGAGGCAGUUGAUUCGAAAGAAGAUGGUACAAAGCGCCAAGGAAUGCAUUGAGCGGAAAGCAAGCAACUCAGAAAUUUAUGGAAGGAUGCAAGCCGUGUUUAUAGAAAUGGAUACAGCUCCACCUACUGCUUCAGUAGAUAAAGAGUUGGAGGACUUGAAAGAGGCUGUAAUGAAAUCUGAUGAUGGAGGGGAUGCAAAAGAAAAAUUCGAUCCUGAUAAACACAUUGAUGCUUACUUGCCUGAAAGAGUUAAUGAGCAGAGAAUGAGUAACCUAUUACAAUCACUGCUAGUUGGAUUAUCAACAUGUGCUUUGCCUAUAAUUAAGAAAAUACCUACAUCAGUUCUCUGGGGUUACUUUGCUUACAUGGCCAUUGAUAGUCUCCCAGGGAAUCAGUUUUGGGGAAGGAUUUUACUACUCUUCGUUCCCCCAAAUCGACGUUACAAAGUUUUGGAAGGUGAUCAUGCUUCAUUCGUGGAGUCGGUGCCAUUCAAGCACAUUGCUAUAUUUACGCUAUUCCAAUUUGUAUACCUUUUGAUUUGUUUUGGUGUGACAUGGAUACCCAUAGGCGGAGUGUUGUUCCCACUACCAUUCUUCUUUCUCAUUGGCAUAAGGCACUUUAUCUUUCCUAGGCUGUUCAAUCCUCAUUAUCUUCAAGAACUGGAUGCAGCUGAGUAUGAAGAAAUUGCUGGUCCUCCAAAAGGAAGUCGUAGUCUUAUGUUCAGGGAGAGAGAACCGCACGAUAUGAGGAAUGAACCAAGUGAGGAAGAUGAUUUCUAUGAUGCUGAGAUACUGGACGAAAUGACAACCCACAGAGGCGAGCUGAAGUUUAGAACUUUAAGCUUGAAGGAAGACAAAUUAUAUCAGGUCCAUCCACAGGAUGAUGCUGGAAGAAGACAAUGA